CCCCGGAAGACGGUGCGCUCAGCUGUCUUGCCCUCUGUUGGCAUCUUGUGCCUUUAAGCAAGAUGGAGGCGUUGAAAACGGACGGGAUACGGCUGAGUGCGUUGUGCCCCAAGUUUCUGCACACCAAUUCCACGAGUCACACCUGGCCUUUCAGUGCCGUUGCAGAGCUUAUAGACAAUGCCUAUGACCCCGACGUCAAUGCUAAGCAGUUGUGGAUCGAUAAGACUGUUCUCAAAGAACGGACAUGCUUAACAUUUACAGACAAUGGGAAUGGGAUGACUCUGGACAAGCUGCAUAAGAUGCUCAGUUUUGGGUUCAGUGAAAAAGUUGCAGUAAAUGGUCACAUUCCUGUCGGCCUUUAUGGAAACGGGUUUAAAUCAGGAUCCAUGCGCCUGGGAAAGGACACCAUUGUAUUUACCAAGAAUGAGUCUGGGAUGCACAUUGGGAUGUUGUCUCAGACUUUCCUGGAGGAUAUCCAAGCAGAACAUGUCAUAGUUCCAAUCAUCUCCAUCAACAAACAAAGGAAGCUGGUGCAGACAGCGGACUCAGAUGCGAAUCUGAGAGCAAUCUUAAAGCACUCUCUCCUGGGCAGUGAGACUGAGCUGCUGGCAGAACUGGACGCAAUUGUUGGCAAAAAAGGAACAAGGAUCAUUAUCUGGAACCUAAGAAGGGACAAGCGCGGAUGUAUGGAGUUUGAUUUUAUGACUGAUAAAUAUGAUAUAAGGAUUCCGGAAGAAGUCAAUGGGUCCUUGAAGAAAGGCUACAAGAGGCAAGACAGGAAUGAUCAGGUUGCUCCCGAGAGUGAUUAUUCCCUAAGGGCAUAUUGCAGCAUCUUAUAUCUGAAACCACGGAUGCAGAUUAUACUCAGGGGCCAAAAAGUUCAAACGCAACUUGUGUCCAAAAGCCUCGCGUUUAUAGAAAAGGAUGUAUACAGACCUAAGUUUCUGGCUCCUAAUACCGUAAAAAUCACUUUUGGAUAUAACUGUCGGAACAAGGAACAUUAUGGGAUAAUGAUGUACCACAAAAACAGACUUAUUAAGGUGUACGUCCGGGUCGGCUGCCAGUUGAAGGCUAACAACAUGGGCGUUGGUGUUGUCGGCAUUAUUGAAUGUAAGUUUUUACAACCCACGCACAACAAACAGGAUUUUGAUUACACAAAUGACUAUAGACUUACACUUGUUGCGUUAGGAGACAAGCUGAACGAUUAUUGGAAUGAGAUGAAAAUAAAGAUGAACACACAUCCGCUAAGUCUUCCGGUGGAAGAUGUGCAGAAAAAACCUGAUCAGCUCUGGGCCCAGUGCGACAAUUGUCUGAAAUGGAGAAAACUUCCAGAUGAAAUGGGGAAACUUCCAUCAAAGUGGUUCUGUUCUCUGAACCCCGACCCCCAGUUCCGAGACUGCAGUGUUCCGGAGGAACCAGAGGACGAUGAUGAAAUCACUCAUUCAACGUAUGAGAAGACGCACAAGAAAAGAAAGUCUGAGCAACUUCAACAGGUCUUUAAUAAAGGCACAAUUCUGUUUACACCGCCAAGUAAAGAAAUGCAAGCCGCUCUGAAUCACGUUCAGACACAUUAUAAACCAGGCCCCUCAAUGCAACCUACUGCCGUAAAGCCUGAAAUCGGUGCCGAACCUGAGGCCCAACCUGAGACCAAUCCGCACAGGCGAAAACGUCUCCUUUCGCAAGAUUCAUCUCCAGUCCCUGUUAAAAAACCUCAUGUUCCUGUAACGGAGACCAUUGAGCUUCCAGACGGCGAUGACGACGACGACGAAGUGGUAGAUGAUGGCGAUGAUGGAGAUGUGAUUAUCAUUGAAGAUGUCAGCACUCCUAAACCCAAGCAGGAGGAUAUAAAACCUAAGAACAUCCUCAGCCCAGGCUCUGUCCCUAUGGAGGGUUUGAAUAGUGAGCCUCCUGAGGGGCCGAGUACGGGAGGGAUGGUUUCAGCCGCCACCCAGACCGCCAGACCAUUAAUAGCUGUCAAAAAGGAAGAAGAUUCCACUAACUAUGCUGACUUUCAAGAUAGCCACCAAGUGCCAAAUGAGGUGGUCUCCUCCCAGUGCAAUGGAACCACCGCACAUGUAGAGCCUACACACCAAGCAAAUAGCCGGCAUGGUCACACAUCUGCUGUUGACCAUGAAAAAGAAUAUUACAAAAAGUCUUGUGAGGAGCUGAGCACUAAAAUGAAACUUUUGGAGGAUCAGUUGGCCGAAACAUUAAGCCAACAAGUGAAGAAAGAGCCCACAGACCAGUGGACCCAGGCUGAUCUCGCUCCAAAGGACUUGCAUGAAAAUUCCACCAAGCUGCUGAUGUCACAGUACGAGCAGGCCCUGAAAGAGAUCCACAGGUUGAAAACGCUGUGCAACACGUUGCAGGACCUGAAAAGCGAGCACCGCGAUGCCGCGGUGAAGGAGGGAAAGGACGACAGCGCAAAUGAGGUGGACGAAAUGGCGUUACAACUUGACGGGGUGUUCCGGCAGCUGGAUGCAUGUACAACUGAAAGGGAUCAGUGUAAAACUGAGAUUGAACAACUGAAAAAAGAAAAAAUGCAGCUGGACUCUCAAAAUAACCAACUUAAGACCGAAAUAGAAAAGUUAAAAGAAGCGACAAAGCAGAACGGUGCUUCCACAAGUACAUCCGCAGAUGAAAGCUCACAGCUCCGUGUCCUACGAGUAAACGUAGCCCAGUUGCUCACCAUGCUGAUGCCGGACCUGGAUUUGCAGCAGAUUGACUAUGACGUCGAUGUGAUUGAUGAAAUUUUAGCACAAGUGCUAGAGCAGGCAGAAAAACAAGUCAAUGGGAAGGAGUAGUGCAACCGCGCUAUGUUGUAUUGCUGUCGUUCUACAAACUGUGGCAGAAGAACUUUAUUUAAACUGAUUCUAUGAACAAAAACGUUGGUCUGACUGCUGGGAAAAACUUCAAACCUCCGGCUUUUCUGGUCCCUGCAGCAGGCGUAUUAAUGAUACAUUUAUAAGUGAAAUAACCAUAUAUUUUUUCAAAGAUUAUUUAUGCAUACUACUAUUACCUCCCUUUUGUACACAGAUCUUCAAACGUAGCGUUAUCUGCUGUAUUUUUUCAUGUUUAAACUGCCAAACGAAGAAACAGAGAGUCAGUAUUUUAAAAGUUUGCCAGGUAAGUUCUACAAGAAGCAAACUUUGUGCAAAUGUCUGGUUUUCUAUUGCAGAUUUCGAAAAUGUCUUCAUAAAAAAUUAAUCUCUCCCUUUUUUAGCUUUUAGCCUUGCAUUAUGUGGAUCAAAAGGGCACAGGACACCUAGUUGGGCACCUUACGCCCCGUGGUAAUGAUGAGGAGUUUUUGUACUGUUCAUAGAAUGUAGACCAGCCAGUUACACCCUUUGCUAGUAGCCAUUAAUAUGCAGGGAUCGUCGUGCUUCAGUGAUGUCACUAGUCCUUUGUAAGUUAAUAGACCAAAUAUUGGUUCAGCUCACAGAAUGUCUAAUGUGUAGGUGGCAGGUCUGUUUAAAAAAGGGGUCCAUCGUGUGGCUUAAGUUAAAAAUUACAUGUCUGUACAUACUGAUAAAGCGUCAAGAGAAUGACUACUGUAUUGGCAGGGCUGGAUUCGAGGGGGGCAAUCAGGGCGAGGCCCCUCACCCGUAACACUACUCUCCCACCUACUACCGCUUGCCGCUAUAGAGGGUCCAUCUGUGGUCUCUCUCUGCCUAAUGGGCUGCUAUGUAAUGCCCAGCGGUAGUGGCAGGAGAGACGUGACACACACACAAUCAACUACUAUGUCUUUGUCCAUCUUUUUAGGUUGGAUCUCCUUUAAUAUAUGAACCUGUGAUGUGUUUUAAAAGAAAAUUUGGAUAAACUGUCUGCUCCUUCGCUGGGAUAAGAGCUUUUAUAUUUUCCAAAUGUUUGGGUAAACCUUUCCACGUACUGACAGAACUGUAGGUUAGUGGAGUUUAACAGGAGCAUGUGAUAUAAUAUAGAUCACAUCGUUAAAUAGAAAACAAAUGUCCUUUGAGUCCACGGUACUGGAGAUUUCUUUCUGUUUCUAGAGGAACUUGUUUUGUUGACAAAUCUCCUUGGAGCAAAACAUUGCUUCUGUCACUUCCUAACGUUAUGUGCUGUAUUAAGCGGUACGAUCACUAGCUUAAAUGACUGAUGGCCACAAGAAUAGCUAACAAUGAAAACGCAAUGUCCACACCUCAAAGUGUGCAAAGCUUUAGGAUCUUUUACAUAUACAGUAUUUGAAUAUUGCAAGAUUCUUUUGUAUUGGAUGAAUCGUUGGCUCUAGUGGAAGGAACUGUUAUAAAGGCCCGUUCCCGCCUCUUGUAAUUCAACAUAUGAGCGUGGGCAAUAAAGAAAAAGAAUGUUAAAAGCCUGUCUACAAAUCUAUUAUUAUACAUCCUUGUAUUCUAGCUGUAUGGACCCCUUAGAUAUGUGGAGGCUAUGUACAGUGUUAGUGCAGUAUAAGGAUGCUUCAGUAAUCUCUCUAGAACACAAGGAGUUAUGCAAUAUUUUUUCUUUAAAGAUCAGCUUUUGUUUUAAUGCAGUCAAUCGUCACCGUCAGUUAAUGUACUGUAUGUAAAAGGAUUGUUCAAACGUGGACGGAAAACCCUACCCCCCCUUCCUCUUCCUACCCUUCUCUUUGUAGAGCUUAAAGAACCUUACCCCACCGGAGACCCAAUGUUACACGUGGCUGGGUUGCCGGACUACCCUGGAGUAAAAGUGUAUUUCUUACCAUGAGCGCCCACCAUAAUCACAAGCUGCCAAUCCAUUCAUUUCUUGUUCUACUGAGCUCCCAAUAUUUUUUUCAGACAAUCUAUUCAUAAUCUGUGCUUGAUUCUUCAUUUAUGUUUAAAAAACAAAACAAAAAAAAACAGCCGUAUGGUAUGUCAUAAAUUUUUUUGUUUCCGCAAAAUUCAUUAUAUGUACGUAUGUUCUAAUGUAAAUUACUUUAAAAUAUUUUUUUUAAAGCGUUCUAACAA